AUGGCGUCUCUCUUCCAGCUUCCCGAGGAGCUCCUCCUAUCCCCCUUAUUCGAACGUUUCCCCUGCCGCGAACGUCAGAUCCGGUCUUUAGCUACUCUUCUCCAUCCCGCCGCCGCGCCCUGCCGGAACCUCAUCGUCUACGGCACCGAAGCCACCGGAAAGUCGGCCAUCAUCGAGGCUCUCCUGCAGAGGCUCUCCAAGCCCCUCGACGAAGAACCGGAAGCCGACCCCAAAACCUCUCUCAGCUUCGCCAUCGUCAACUCUAUACAAUGUAUCACGGGCCGGCAUUUAUUCGAGCGGACAAUCGCUGCCGUGGUGGACGCGAUACAAUGGGAGGCUCCGUCCAAGAAGUGCGAGACGUUAGCUCAAUUGAUGGUUGAGCUGUGCAAGAUGCUAAAGUACACACAACGACCCGACGGCUGGCGCCUCGUGCUCGUCUUUGACGCAAUUGACCGUCAGAGAGACGCUCCCGCAACUCUCCUCCCAGCAUUAGCACGGCUAUCCGAAGUGAUACCAUGCCUAACCUGCGUCUUCAUCGUCACCGCCCCUCCCCCCUCCAGCCUCCGCAUCUCCUUCGUACCACACAUCCAAUUCCCAAACUACACCAAGCAGGAAUUCGUCAAAAUCAUCUCGGCGUCCCCGCCGCCGCCGACCCCGACCACGACGCAAGACGACACAAACUUCCUCUGGACCCGCUUCGUCGGCGCCGUCUGCGACGCCCUCACGACGUCGGCGUCCCGCACCCUACCCUCGUGCCGCCACAGCUGCGACGCCCUCUGGCCGCGCUUCACGGCGCCCAUCCUGGCGCGCACCCACGGCCCGCGCGAGUUCUCCAAGCUCCUCAUCGCCUCGCGCGUGCAUUUUCAGGACGAGAGCCUCCUGAACCCGAGUAUCGUCUCCAUCAAGCUCGGCAAUUCUUCUUCGACGGUGUCUAUGACGACGACGACAACGACAAAGGUGAAUGGCCACACACCAGUGGGCACGCCCUCGAAGCACGCAACAGCAUCAGCUCAAUCAGCGGCGGCACUGAUGAGCACCGCCACCGCCGACCUAACAACCCUACUACCGACAACCACCCGCCUGCUGCUGUUGGCAGCCUACCUCGCCUCACACAACGCGCCCCGCCACGACCUAACGCUCUUCUCAACCUACCACCACGGCCGCCGAAAACGCCGCGGCGGCGGGUUCGUAGCCCCCAAACGAGGCCGGCCGAGCAAGCACAAGAAGAUCUCGCGCAAGCUGCUCGGCGCGCACGCUUUCGUUCUGGAGCGCAUGCUCGCCAUCUUUGCUGCCGUGCGGAGCGAGUGGGCCGAGGCCGACGUGCGUGGCGGGUUUGGUACUGUCGGUGGCGGCAGCGUGGUGGACGGCGACGUGGGUAUGGCUAUCUCGACGCUUGCGAGUUUGCGGUUGCUGAUGAAGGUUGGCACGGGUGGUGAUCCGAUGGACCGUGGAGGCAAGUGGAGGAUUAACGUCGGGUGGGAUAUCAUUCGGGGCGUGGGGCGGAGCGUUGGUAUUGAGGUGGAGGAAUGGCUCAUCGACUGA